AUGGCAAGUAGUUUGAACAAAGGUCAUCCUUGGUUUGAGACUCAUCAUUCCCGUCCAGCAGCAAAAUAUCAAGUAUUUAUAUUUCCAGCAGCUGGUAGUCCAGGUUCAUAUUAUCAUGAAUGGGGUAGAAAUUUUCCUGAAUAUGAAUUUUCUUUAAUCAUUUAUCCUGGAAGGUCAAGUAGAAUGAGUGAAAAAUUAUUAACUACAAUAAAAGAAUAUAUUGUUGAAUUGAAUAAAGGACUUUUACCCUAUAUAAAUAAACCAUGCAUUUUUAUUGGACAUAGUGUUGGAACUGCGAUUAAUUUUGCACUAGCUAGCCAUAUGAUUGAAACAAAAAAUAAAGGAAAUUUAAUUAAAUUAUUAGUUGAAAUGGGAAGAGGACCACCUCAUUUACAAGAUCCUGAUAAAUCUUUUGUUCAUAUGACGGAUGCUGAAAUUGUUAAAGAUUUAAAGAAAAUGGCAGAUUCCAAAACACGAGAAAUUUAUGAUUUUCCACCUUUUGUUGAAAUGUUACUACCUAUAUUAAAAGCCGAUGCGCAAAUUGGUGACGAACUAUUACCUUCAACUCUAUUAGAUAUUCCAAUUAUUGUUUACGGCGGAGAACAAGAAGAAAAUGUUAAAGAACCAUUUUUAAAUAGAUGGAAAGAAUUGACUACAAUACAAGAUUUAUUUCGCGUUCGAAUGUUUCGUGGGCAUCAUAAUUUUCAAUCAGAAUGUCAAGAUGAAGUAUUACAAUGUCUUAAAGAAGAUUUCAAUAAUAUUAUCAAUAAUUCAAAAACUUAA